AUGAAGCUUGCCUCUGGACUUCUCGGUUUGACCAGUUUCGCCGCUGCCGGUGCCACCGAACAAUGGCUGGUCAAUACCUGGUGGGAAAAGGCUGUUGAGGUCUUUCAAUUCACAGAGAGCAACUGGGGGGAUUUCUCAUCUGCUGUGAAUGCUCAGCCACAAAGCUUCUUCGAGCCAGCCUGGAAUUUCUGCAACGAGAACGGCGAUGAUGUCAUCUCCAUCCCGGAAUUCAAGAGCUGUGGUAAGCGAAUCUCCGAAUACUUGGGCACCUCCAACUCUGGAUUCGACCAAGGCGCUGGCAUCGUCGCUAAGUACUGGUACUACGUCGAUCAAGACGAGAGCAAUGAUCUCUCCUGGGACGAGUGGCGAUACGCUCAAUCUGCUUUUGCUGCGAUCGACUCCCUUGUCGUUUUGGAAGCUUUCGACGCUGAUGAAAAUGGACUGAUGGACAGCGCUGAACUCCGAGCCUGGCGAUUGGCGAUGCAGGAGAUGCUCUCCGAGUACGGCUGGCAGCCAAACGCUGAGCAUGUUGCUGCUGUCACCGCCGCCUGGGCCCAAUCUCAGACCGACGACGAUCCGUUCUCUGCUUCCAUGGUCGAGCUUGCUCGAUUCACUAUGCUCAUGUGGAACGCUUUCCUUCAAUAA